AUGCCACUCGGAGGUUUCUUCAAAACGUUACUGGCUGAAAAGCAUGCAGACACAUUCACACUGAUCCAAGACAAUCCUACAAGGAGUGCCAACCCCGCGACAGUCUAUAAGGAAGCUCCUUCAGCACAAAAGAAACAAAGGCCAUCGUUGGCAAAUUCAAACGAUUGCAUGGCACCAAAGCUGCCAUGUCGGCAAACGAGCGAUGAAGAGCUCGGACACCUGCACCCUCCCACUAUGCUGAGUCGCAAUAUGAUGGGGGAGUCGCUGUAUCGGAAUGAAAAAUUCGCUUGUUCCAAAACAGCAUCAGCAUCGUCAUCACCAUCAGAAGAAGGCAAAGAGUCUCAUGUCUUCGCAUCAUUCUGUGAUGAAACAAAGGGGAUAUUGAUGCAACUACCUGCUUCCAGAUACCCAUAA